AUGACGGAAACAAAGACUCCUUCUAAUUCUCGAGAUGAUGUGCUUCAGUUUCUUGAAACUCUUGACACGUAUUCACAAACAACUGCUACCGCAAAUCCUGCUACUGGAACGCCAGGCAGCACACCAGCUGACACUACGCAAUCUGUGCUUGAUUUUCUCGAUCAAAUCACUCAAUCUACUCCUGCCUCUAACCCUUCUGAUUCAAUUCCUAAACAGGACAGUCAAAGCAAUGCUUCUGUGAAACAAAAUAGUUCUGUUGAAAAUAAAACCAAUCAAGCUGAAACUCAAAAACAAAGUGGCGCUUGGUCAUGGGGUGGUUUGUUAGCUACUGCUACCACUGCCUACCAAACUGCAAGUACUGUAGUUGAUAACUCUGUUAAAGAAGCCUUAGAAACCUUUGAAACUGUACGCACUAAUGAGGCAACUAAAAAGUUGGAGGAAAAAGUUCGUGGCUUUGUAAAUAAAGAAGCUAUUGAAAAAAUUGGUUCCGAUCUCAAAACCCUUAGUCUGAGUACUCUUUCGUCAGUAGUUAACGCUGUAGUUCCUCCAAUUUCACAAUAUGAAGUUGUAGAAGUUUGGUUAUCUCAUGAUAUGGUCGGUUAUGUUGGAUUAGAAUCACUCGUAUAUAGAGCGUUUAUGAAAGUUAUGGAACAAGUAGAAGGUGGGGAUGUCGUAGUCCGAAAAAGUGAUGAAAUAAAACGUGAUCCAGAAGAUGAAUCACGUAGAGAUUUGAAUGUUUGUGAAGGAUUUAUUGAAGCUGUUGGUCUUGCCAAGGCUAAUAAUGAACAAGUUAUCAAGAAACAUUACAAGCCACCACAAAUUGUGGAUGAAAAAAUUAAUGACACAGAGCAGCAAUCUAUAUGUCCUGUUUUCAUGGCUAUUCAACCUACUAAAGCAAAUCCUUAUUCUCUCCAAAACAAAUCUGAUGCUAUUUCUGAUCCUGAUCAAUACCUAUUUUAUGUCAUUGUUUUGACUGAUCCAACUCAUAAUCUUACUUUUAAGACCUUUUCACAAGCACUUCCUGUUAGUUGGUUAGAUGUUCCAUAUGAAGAGAAUGAAUGGGUAGAAGCUAAAAUGGUUUCAGUUAUUAAAUUGGCUGUUCAAUCAAUAGCUCAAGAUUAUGUUUGGCAUCGAAUGACUGCAACUGAUGGACAAAAUCAAUCUAAUAUUGAUAAUUCAAAUAUAGCAUCUUAA